AUGAAUAGUUUCUUUCGAAAAUGCGUAAGACGAUCCUUUACGAGCUUAAAAAUGGAAUUAGGAAAAUUCGAAAAGGUGUCUCAUAAUUUUAUUGAAUGUAUUGAGACAUAUAAAUCAGAAAAAGAUAUAUCUAUAAAAAGUUAUAAAAAUUAUAAAAAUGAAAUAAAAGAAAGUAUUAAUAAAUUAUUAAAUAAUGAUAUAUUAAAUAAUUAUGAAAAAGAAGAUUUUAAAAAGUUAUUUACAUAUAGUAUAAUAUUAUCAAGAAGAAUACUAAUUCAAAAAGAUCAUGCAAAAGAUUUAGUUUUAUCAUAUAUUUCGUUCAUUAAAAAUUAUAAUAAUUUAACAUCAAACGAUCAGGAUAAUAUAAGAAAAGACGAAAUAGAUAGUAAAAAUGAUUUGUUAUUAUUAUUUAAAUAUAUUUAUUAUUUAAAUAUAGAUUAUGAUAAUAUAAUUUACAACUAUAUUUAUUCUGAACUUAGUAAUUUAAUUUCUUUAUAUUCAUUAGAGGAAUUAGUUGAAUGUAUUAAGUUCAUAUCAUCUUUUAAAAAUAAAAAAUGGACAAAUCAAAAAAUGUUUUCUAGGUGUAUAGAUGAAAUUGUUAACAAAUUUUCAAAUGGAAGUCUCAAUAAUAGCACUAUUUGUAAUACACUAACUACAAUUAUAAAAGCUUGUUCGCGUCUUAAUUAUGAAAUUACGGAUAUACAUAUUUUAUUAGAUUUAUUUCGAGACAAUUAUGAUAAAAAUAAUAAUAAAGAUAUGCAUAUGCUUAUAAAAAUCAUUUAUAAUUUAUUUAUAUCAAACUAUCAUAAUUAUAAAAAUACAAACCAAUUGAUAUAUUUAUUAAAACAAGAAAUUUUGCAAAAUAAUAAGCAAACAGAAUAUCCUACUUAUAAUAAAUAUCAAUAUAAUGAUAAUGUUAUAAUAGAUAAUAAUUUCGAUUUGAGUGAAGAAAAUGCUACUAAUAAUUUGGAUGCUCGUAUUUCAUAUGACAAUAUAAAUAAUAUACAUCAGCUAUAUAUGAAAGAAAAAGAAAAAAGUGAUAUAAUUACUCCUAACAUAUCUAUCUCUUCAAUUAAUUUAUAUAGACUUAAGUUUAUAGAUAUACUUAUCCGUUCAGACAACUACCUUUUUAAUACUUUUUAUUUACCCAACUCGAACUUUUUUGAUUUUGUUAAAAACCUAAAAAUGGAGGGCAAACCAAUUAGGGAUACCAUUUUUAUUAAGCAAGCACAAUUUUUUAUAAAAGAAAAUGGGUAUAAAAUUACACCUACACAUACGAGCAUAUAUUCAAUUUAUGCUUUAUCUGGUUUUAAAAACACUUAUAUCGAGUUUGUUCAUAACAUAUCUGUGAAUAAAAAAAUGAAGGAAAAUCUCAAUAAAUUUCACAAACAUCAUUUGAAUUAUAAACUUAGGAACUUGAAGUUUUUAGGAUGGACGCCCAUCAUACUGUAUGAGCACGAAUGGAAAAAACUAAGAAAUUAUAAUGAGAAAUUUGAAUACAUAAAAAAAAAUUUUAAAAGCAUACAUAAUCAUAUGCAAUGA